GUUUUUCUCCAAAAUUUCCAAUGUUGCAUUACGACGGAUUACGUUUAUUGGUUAUCAUUUCCCAUUGACAUGUCCCAUGAAAUUUAACCAGUGUUUGGUGUCAUCAUUUUCCACUGAAAUCGCCAAUAAGAAAUCAAUAAAUCAAGAGGAUCCUGUCAAUGUACAAUGGGAAUCAGAAAAACCUAAACGUAUUUGGCCUAAUCAAUUACCUCCAUUGAUUGAAGCUGUUACACCGCCUUCUUCAACAACUGUGGCAGCUACUUCAAAAGAACCAUUGAUUAAAGGUUUUUUCAAAGGUCAAGUUAAUCUAGAAUUAUUUGAAUUUUUAGAAUUAGAAACUAAACAUCAAGUAGAGAGUUUAGAUAUGAUGCAUAAUCAAAUCAAACAAUUCAUACUUAAAAUGGAUAGUUAUGAAAUUGAUCGAAAUUGUAAUCUAUCCAAAGAAAUGAUACGCAGUCUCAAUGAAUUUGGUCUACUCGCUUUAGGCAUAGAUAAAGAAUAUGGUGGUCUUGGUUUUAAUACAACUCAAUGGGUUAGGGCAUGUGAAGCAAUUGGUUUAGAUGGAUCGAUAUGGGCUACAAUCACUGCGCAUCAAUCAUUAACUGCUAAAACAAUAUCAUUACUUGGUACAAAAGAACAAAAAUUAUAUUAUUUACCAAAAUUAGCAUCUGGUGAAUUAAUUGGUGGAUUUUGUUUAUCUGAAAUUAGCAGGUUCGUUUUUUUGUUUUAA